CCACAGGCAGUAUGCUGUGUGCUCUGAUUCUCUUGUCUGGUCUCCUGGGGGCCGCUAAGGCCAGCCCCAUCAUGGGCCCCCGGGAGUGUGCCAAGGGCUCUGAGGUGUGGUGUCAAGACCUGCAGUCAGCUGCGAAGUGUCAGGCCGUGAGGUACUGCCAGAGUGCUGUCUGGAGCAAGCCUAUAGUCAGGUCCCUGCCCUGCAGUGUGUGCCAGGAUGUGGCAGCCGCUGCUGGUAAUGGGAUGAACCCACAUGCUACAGAGUCGGACAUUUUGGGAUCGAUAACGAAGACCUGUGAGUGGCUUCCAAGCCCGGAAUCAUCAGCUAAGUGCAAGCAGAUGGUGGACAACCACAGCCCAGCUGUCCUGGGCAUGCUCAGUGGAACCCCAGGCACUGCCGUGGCUCCGGUAUGCACGGCGCUCACCCUUUGUGAGCCACUACAGAGGCACCUAGCCAUUGCCACCUCAGAGAGACCACUGACGCAGGAGGAUAUAACUGAAGUGAUGGCUCCAUUCUUGUCCAACGGGGCCCUCAGCUUCCACCCAUCACAGAUGCCUGGGGAUGCUGUAUGCCAAGAUUGUAUGCAGCUGAUCUCCACGCUCCAGAGUGCUCUAGAGUCUAACUUGACCUUGGCAGAGGUAACUUUCCAGGAUCAGUGUGCAUCCCUGGGUCCUGGUCUGGCUGCCCUCUGCAAGAACUACAUCCAACAGCAAUUCAUCCCCGCCAAGCAAACGCUGCAGAUUCUCCCCUCACAGGAGGUCUGUAGGAAAGGGGGCUUCUGUGAGGAGCAGAGAAAGCCUGCCCACCGGCUGGCUCAAGUGGCCGCUGUGGAUGGAAUCCCUUCUCUGGAAAUGGAGCUGCCCAAGAGGAAUGAGAUGCAGAUGCAGCUGGGCCUGACCUGCGAUGUGUGCUUGAAUGUGAUCCAGGAGAUGGACAAAUGGCUCAUGACCAACAGCACAGAAGCCCUCAUCACCCACACUCUGGAGCGAGUGUGUUCCAUAAUGCCCGAAACUCUGGUCCAGCAGUGCAUCACUCUGGUGGAGGCCUACAGUCCCAACCUGGUUCAGCUUGUGACCAGAGUCACCCCAGAGAAAGUGUGUGAGACCAUCAGGCUGUGUAACAGCAGAAGGCAGGCCAGGUCCAUCUCCAGGGCCGAGGCAACCACACCAUCCCUACUGGUGGAUGAAGAAAACCAGGGCAGCUUCUGCCAUGGGUGCAAAAGGAUACUCGGCGUAUCUUCCCAGAAUCUGGACCGCAAGAGCACCAAGCGGGACAUCCUGAACGCCUUCAAAGGCGGCUGCCGAAUCCUGCCACUGCCUUAUGUACUGCAGUGCAACCGUUUUGUAGCAGAGUAUGAACCCGUACUCAUAGAGAGCCUCAGGCUCAUGAUGGACCCCACGGACCUAUGCAGGAAGAUGGGGGCCUGCCACAGCCCCAAGGUUCCACUUCUAGGCACAGAUCAGUGUGUCUUAGGCCCCAGCUUUUGGUGCAAGAGCCCAGAGGCCGCUGAGAUGUGUGAUGCCCUGGAGCACUGCCAGCGCCUUGUGUGGAAGAAGCCGGCCUCCGAAGCCAAAGAGCAGCCAUGACUGCGGCCACCAGCACCUAAAGCCUGCCAGGGCUGAUCCCACCUGCAGGCUUCUACCUCCCAAGGGGACCCUAUGAGGUGGGUGCUAUCCCACCCCCAUAUCCUAGAUGAAAAACUGAGGCUCUGGGGAGGGAGCUGGGGCUGAGCAGAGCUGACAUUCAAAAGCCGUGCUCUCCUGAUGCUGGACAGCUUCACCUUUCUGUCUCUACCCCUAUCACUGUCACCCCUGCUACAAACAGGAAGUCCUCACCCCUGCCCCAGUAAGCCACCCUCUCCUACCCUGCUGUGAUGCUGAUGGCUUGGAGGAACCUGUCAGAGGCCUCCCAUGCAGGGUGACCCCCCAGCUGUGAGCCAAAGUAGUGGCAGAGGGAAGGGUAGAGGGGACUACCACUAGUCAGGCCAAUGACUUAUCAAUGGCUUGGG